UCAAAAUAUCCAGAGCAUCUGACCAUUAAUUUAUAUGAUCUUAAUGCACAAAUAUUUGGGUCAAAUUUGAAAGAGGGCAAAUGGGAACACAAUGAAAUUAACAGCUUACUGUCAACCAAUAGCUGUGAUGAAUAUGAGGCUGGUACUUGGUUGGAUGAUAUGCAGAAGAGUUCCACAACACUCGACAACAUUGAAUAUAAUGUGGAACCUGAGAUAGACUUGAUUGCUGAUGGGUUCCUUGUGGUGUUAGUUGACUUGGCUCCUGAUGGCACAGGGAAGAAUAAGGAUGAGGGUAGGGUUGAGGAGAUACAGGUGCUUGAUAGUGGUGAUGACAAGUGGCCAACAGAAUGGCCUUAG